AUGCUGCUACCUGUUCCUGCUGGGGGGGAUCUGGAUGAGGGUCUGAUCUCAGUGACCUUAUACAGAGGUUUAGCUGAUAUUGUGACUCAUGUAAAGAAAGGGCUCUAUGUACAGGUGACAUCAGACAUAUUACUGGAUAUAAACACAGCUGAUAAUUAUGUUAUUGUAUCAGAUGACCUUAAAACUGCAUCUUAUACAGAUAUAGACCAGCAGCGACCAGAUACACCAGAGAGAUUUACAAGUUAUUCUCAGGUAUUAAGUACCAGGAGCUUUUCCUCAGGACGGCAUUACUGGAAUGUGGAGACAAAUAAUUCAGGGUACUGGUGGGUAGGGGUUUGUUAUCCCAGCAUGAUGAGGGGAGGAGAUGAUUCAGGGAUAGGAGAUAAUGACAAGUCCUGGUGCAUUGAUAGUAAUUGUGCACUGCUACAUAAUACAAUAUUUACCUCAUUUGACCCCCCUCUAUCAUGUGACAGGGUGGGAAUACUGCUGGACUAUGAGGCUGGGCGUCUGUCCUUUUAUGAGCUGUGUGACCCAAUCAGACACCUGCACACUGUCACUGAGACCUUCACUGAGCCUCUUCAUGCUGCAUUCGGUGUAGAAGAUAAUACCUGGGUGAGAGUAAUGUGCUAGAUACACUGACCAUAAUAAUAAUGCUGCUACCUGUGAGUGAUGUUUGUGCAUUGUGCACAUUUUGUGUGAACUGUACUAGAAAUAAAAUACUUGUGUAUAAAAA